UUUGUUUCAUUUCUGGUAAAAUUGAUGCGCGACACUCUCUUUCAGAGAAGAGACUGCGAGACUAUGUGGAUUCGCUCGCUGACGAUCUCAAGAUCCUCUAGGGCUGCAAUAGACGGAGAAGAGGUGCAGAGACGGCGACGACUCGCAGAUGAAUCGGGCGAGUUCCGCUCGGCCGAGUUAGGAAGCGUCGAAGAUCGGACUGAUUCAUGGGGUGGAAUGGUUCCAGAGUUGCUUGGCGAGAUCAUACGGAGAGUGGAAGCAAGUGAGGAUCGGUGGCCCCAACGCCAAAACGUCGUCGCUUGUGCCUGCGUUUGCAAGAAGUGGAGAGAGGUAACCAAGGAGAUCGCUACUUCGCCUCUGAAUAGCCAUAAAAUCACUUUCCCUUCCAGCCUUAAACAGCCGGGUCCACGGGAUUUUCCCCUUCAGUGUCUCAUAAGUCGGAACAAGAAGACAUCAACAUUUUACCUGCAUCUUGCCCAUACUCCGUUGUUGACAGGCGAGGGAAAGUUCCUUCUUGCUGCACGAAGGUAUAGGCGUCCGGGUAGCAUUGAGUAUGUGAUAUCACUUGAUGCGGAUGACAUUUCCCAAGGAAGCAAUGCUUAUGUAGGAAAAUUGUGUUCAGACUUUUAUCGUACCAAGUUUAGAAUCUAUGACAGCCAGCCUCCACAUAACGGUGCCAAGCCAUCAAGCAGUAGAGCUAGCCGCCGAUUUCCUAGCAAACAAAUAAGCCCCCAAGUUUCAGCAGGCAAUUUUGAGGUUGGACAAGUUUCUUAUAAGUGCAACCUUUUAAAAUCAAGAGGUCCAAGGAGGAUGCUGUGUUCACUGAAUUGCCAUCAAUCAGCUGAAAUAGCCAGUGAUAAACUUGCGGAUGAUUCAAAGAUGAAGGAAGCAGAGCUUAUUUCUUCGCAUACGAACUUGAUGAACAAAGCUCCGCGGUGGCAUGAACAUUUGCAGUGCUGGUGCUUGAAUUUCCAUGGUCGAGUGACUGUAGCUUCUGUUAAAAACUUUCAGCUGGUUGCAACAAUGGACCAGAGCCAGCCAGGAGGGAAAGGAGAUGGAGAAACUGUUCUCCUUCAGUUUGGAAAGGUAGAGGAUGAUUUGUUCACCAUGGACUUUAGACAGCCCCUGUCAGCUUUUCUGGCAUUUGCCAUAUGCCUCACCAGCUUUGGUACUAAACUGGCGUGCGAGUAACUUAUUUGCUGUUUUAUAUAAGUUCAGGUGGAUAUUUCAUUUCCAAGUGUUCUAUUCUGCAUGAGUUUAUAAAUUGGCUUAUUGUAUUUAAUGACAGAAUUUACAAAUCAUUUUAGUACCAAAAUGUUUCAUUGCCUACCAA